UGCUAGCUCCAUCGACGCUCUAUCCCGGAACUCAAGUUCACCAUAUAGGAAUUCACGGAGUAUCGUGUUAAUAAUUUUACUCGGACGAGAGUCAGAAUUCGAGCGAGCGAGCGAUAUUCGUCUCAUCUAUCGAUCGACUCAAUCACACACCGAUCGACGCCAUCUCGACUACGGUUCUCUGAAGUUCGCUCGAUAGACGCGGUGGAAUCGUCGCAAUGGCGAUGCGGAAUCAUGAAGCGAAUGCGGUUUCGGCCGCGAGAUCCGGCGAAGUUCCCGAGAGCUCGUCUGGAAACCUCAACGGAAAUAACCUCGCGCUGGUGUCCGUCAGCGCUCCGGCUUCGGUCGAGGCGAACACCCCAGUUGCCGAAAGCUGGUGUUACACACAAGUGAAGGUUAUUAAGUUCAGCUAUAUGUGGACCAUCAACAACUUUAGUUUUUGCCGGGAAGAAAUGGGCGAGGUCCUCAAAAGCUCGACGUUCAGCGCUGGGGCCAACGAUAAGCUAAAAUGGUGCCUCCGAGUGAACCCCAAAGGCCUCGACGAAGAGAGCAAGGACUAUCUUUCCCUUUACCUGCUUCUAGUCUCUUGUAAUAAGAGCGAAGUCCGAGCUAAGUUCAAGUUCUCCAUCCUGAACGCCAAACGGGAAGAAACCAAAGCCAUGGAAAGCCAACGGGCCUACAGAUUCGUCCAGGGUAAAGAUUGGGGUUUCAAGAAGUUCAUUCGACGGGACUUUCUUCUCGAUGAAGCCAACGGCCUACUUCCCGACGACAAGCUCACCCUGUACUGCGAGGUGUCGGUCGUGGCCGACAGCGUGAACAUUUCGGGUCAGAACUCGUCGAUUCAGUUCAAAGUGCCCGAAUGCGCUCUGUCGGAAAACUUGGGCGAGCUGUUCGAAAGUCAGAAGUUCUCCGACGUCAUGUUGGCAGUGAACGGAAAAGAGUUUUAUGCACACAAGGCUAUUCUUGCCGCCCGUUCGCCGGUGUUCAAUGCCAUGUUCGAGCACGACCUCGAAGAGAAGAAAACGUCACGUGUGGAAAUUUCAGACAUGGACGAGGACACUCUGAAAGAAAUGCUGCGUUUUAUCUACACUGGCAAAUCGAAUGCCCUCGACAAGAUGGCCGACGAUCUACUUGCCGCAGCCGAUAAAUACGCCCUCGAACGACUCAAGGUGAUGUGCGAAGAAGCUCUUUGCGACAACUUGUCCGUCGAUACGGCUGCCGAACUGUUGACCCUCGCCGACAUGCAUUCGGCCGAGCAGCUCAAAGCGCACGUUAUCGAUUUCAUCAACAUGCACGCAACCGAUGUUGUAGAAACCGACGGCUGGAGGCAGAUGAUACAGAGGACGCCGCAUCUCGUCGCUGAGGCUUUCCGGGCGCUUGCCACGCAACAGAUACCACCGAUCGGUCCGGCUAGGAAACGUCUCAAGCAUUAA